AUGAUCCUCAUACUCUUCCGUGUAGAUGAGCUAAUUCCAUUUGAUGACUUGCCAAUAUCUGCUCUGCCCACGACCUUAUUCCCGCCACCCAUUGAGGUUGACGGUGGCACAUCGGACCGGGUUGACGACUCCCUUGCGUCUCUCCCGUCAAGCUACGAGGUCUCAGUUCUUGGCGGGACGUUUGAUCACCUGCAUUCUGGUCACAAAAUAUUAGUUAGCAUAGCCGCAUGGAUCUCCACACGCAAAGUGAUCAUUGGAGUCACUGAUGCGGCCCUUCUUGUAAGGAAGUCAAAUGCUCAUGUCCUUGAAAGUCUUGAAACCCGCAUUGAGAACGUGCGCCGGUUUGGCCAAACAUUCAACCCGAAGCUGGAAUAUGACGUAGUCCCAAUAAGUGAUGUUUACGGCCCAACGGCAUGGGAUCCAAAUAUACAGGCUCUAGUUCUUAGCCAUGAAACGAGAGAAGGAGCAGCUGCCAUUGCGAAGCACCGCAAGGAGAAGUCGCUACCUCCAUUGGAACCCUUUGUUAUUAACGUCAUCUCACCUACCUCGUCCAAUUUGGAUCAUGAUGAUCUGACUACACUCAAGGAUGUGAAGAUGAGCAGCACUGCUAUCAGACAGUGGAUCGUGGACCAUGAAAGUGAUCGUUUGUAA